AAGGGUGGAGGGAUUUCUUAAACGGUCGCUUUCCAGAAUCACAGAGCUCGGGUAAAGUUCCACAUUGUGGGAAUGCAGGGAAAUCUCUCCGCGUAGUCAAUCAGAGGCUGAGGAGGUACAGAGGGAGGCAGCAGCUGGGCUCUCAGUGGAGCCCACACGUCGCAGCCAGCAUGUUCCGCGCGGGGUCAAAAGGCAGCUAGCGGAGGCGCCGGGUGCAGGCAGGCGGCGGCCGCCAUGAGCUCCGGUAACGCCGAGGCCUGAGGCGGUGGCGGCUGCCGGCCCCGCCCUCCCGCGCGCGCGCUCUCGGGGCUGCGCAGAGCCAGCUCGGCGCGCGCUCGGCGCCGGGCGGCGGAGACCCCGGGAGGCGGGCCGGGUGCCGGCUGCGCGGCCCGGGAGCCUCAGCGGGUCUGAGGGCCUCCAGCCCGACAGCAGCGGUGGCGCCCGCGGCCCCCGAGCCAACUGAGGACGAGGCCGCGAGGCGGCCACGCCCAGAGUAAGGCAAAAGAGAAUGAAAGAAGUAGAUAACCUUGAAAGUAUCAAAGAAGAAUGGGUCUGUGAAACAGGAUCUGACAACCAACCUCUUAGUGAUGAUCGACAAACAAAUUGUGAAUAUUUUGUUGACAGCCUUUUUGAGGAAGCUGAGAAGGUUGGUGCCAAAUGUGUGUCUCCCACUGAACAGAAGAAACAGGUAGAUGUUAGUAUAAAAUUAUGGAAAAACGGAUUCACGGUCAAUGACGAUUUCCGAAGUUACUCUGAUGGUGCAAGUCAGCAGUUUCUAAACUCCAUCAAAAAGGGGGAAUUACCUUUGGAAUUACAGGGAAUUUUUGAUAAAGAGGAGGUGGAUGUUAAAGUUGAAGACAAAAAAAAUGAAGUAUGUGUGUCAACGAAGCCGGUGUUCCAGCCCUUUUCAGGACAGGGUCAUAGACUGGGAAGUGCCACACCAAAAAUUGUUUCUAAGGCAAAGAGUAUUGAAGUCGAGAAUAAAAAUUUGUCUGUUGUUCAACUAAACAACCUGGAACCCAUCACUAAUGUACAGAUCUGGUUAGCCAAUGGAAAACGGAUUGUCCAGAAAUUUAACAUUUCUCAUAGGAUAAGCCACAUCAAAGACUUCAUUGAAAAAUACCAAGGAUCUCAGAGAAGCCCUCCCUUUUCCCUGGCCACAGCUCUUCCUUCCCUCAGAUUGCUAGAUGAAACACUCACACUGGAAGAAGCAGAUUUACAGAAUGCUGUAAUCAUUCAGAGACUCCAAAAAACCGCUGAACCUUUUAGAGAACUUUCAUAACAUUGAUUUUUGAUACACUAAGUGGAAAGUUUGCAGAGAAAUGAUGGUUGUAAAUGAACACUCAAACCAAAAUGAGGGAAAGUAGAUCUGAUUUGCUGGACUUUUGGUUAGAGCGCUAUUUAACUCCCUCCUGAUGAGAAGAUUUUAAAUAAGUACAAGUUAGGAAUGUAAACUAUGACUAGAAACUGUAUUCAAUGCACUUUUUCCAAAAGGCUACUCAGAAAACACUUAUUUUCAAAUACCAGUUAUUCAACAAUAAGAUCUAUUAAAUCACUAUAUCCUAUAGAAUCUAAAUAUGGUAUAAAUUAGCAAAUGUAUUCACACAUCAUUCAUUCAGAUGGUCCCAACCAGCAGUGAUUUGUUUCAAUGUCAGCUAUCUCAGAUUUUUUAAAUAGCAAUACAUUAAGAAAUUUGUACAUGCAAAUUCAAAGCAUCAAUGUAAUUAUUUUAUACCUGGGAUACAGUCAGAAGGCUAGAAAGGACUACUUUCACCACAACUAUGCCUGAACCUCAAAGUGUUCUCAGUUUUUAUUUUCUAAUGGCAAGCUAUACUCAAAUAUUAAUUUGGCACAGUAUCUAAAAUAUAUUUUUAUUUAAGAAUAAAAUUGGGCAUUGUAGUAUAAUGUCAAUACUAAUCUGCCUAUUCACAUUUCUAUACUUUCAAGAAGUGUAAUCUUUAAAAAAUUCUAUCCAGGAAUCCAACUUGAUCCCCUAUUUUAUUUUCUUUUGAAAAUUAGGGUUUUGUUUUUAGCUAACAUUUUGAGUAAACCUUUCAUUUGCUACCACUCACGUAGAAUCUGUUCUAAUGCCUGUGUUGGCACAUUGCUACUAUUUUUUAAAUGCAUCACGUGAACUACGGUUUCCUAUUCCAUAUAUCAGAGUCAACCUGUGUAUACGUUAAAGGAUUAUUUAUUUACGUUCUGAUGCCACCAAGGGAAACAUGUUUAUUUUAAAGUUCUAACUAAAACUGGUUAGACUUGAAUAUUUCAUUGUCAGAUUGAAUUCCCUUGCCUGAACAUAAGUUUAAGAAGCUUAUUUUGCAAAUUCUCUAUUUGAAUCUUAUUUAAAGUGAAAUGUACAUUCAAUGUGCCAAGAAACUAAGUAGCCAUACCUGUCAGCAGUAAUGUCCAUAGGGCAGUAGUGGGUAUCUGCCGGAAAGAACAGUUCUCAAACUUUUUGGUCUCAAGACCUUUUGUUUAUGUGUGUUAUAUAUAUAUAACAUUGAAAAUAAAAAGUUAAAAGAUAUUUAUUCAAUAAAAUAAUAAGCACAUGUUAGUAUAAAUCACAUUUUAAUGAAAAAUGCAUUUUCUAAAGAUUUCGUGAAAAAAGUGGCAUUGUGUUCCAUUUUUUGCAACUGUCUUUACGGUCUAAAAGAAGACAGAUGGAACCUCACGUCUGCUUCCACAUUCAAUCUGUUGUGAUAUUGCACACCAUGUAGCUGCUAGUAAACGCAACUGUAUGUUCAUGAGAAAAUGAAAAAAAAAAGCAAAUAAUGUCUUAGUUUGAUUCUGAAAAUAGUUUUAACUUUGUGGACCUCUUGAAAGAACCAUUCUUACAAAGCAGUGGUUCACAGUAAUUCUCAAACAUUCAUGUAAGAAUCACUUGGAAAGCAUUUCAAAAUGUCUGUUCCAGGCACCUGCCAGACGCAUUCUGAUUUAUUGUGUCUGGGAUGGGUCCCAGAUCCUGCAGGUUUAAUUUCAUCUGAUUCUUAGGUACACAGGAGAAGUACCUGUGUUCAGGAAAUCCAACACAAUGCUUCUUCCCUAAGAAAGAAAACCUGCCUGCUUCAUUCACUGUGAACAGUGGAAGACUCCACUGAAAUGGGACUUCUAGACCUUUAAGUUGUGUCCUUAUCUCACUCAGUUGGUCCUUAGACUGUUCCCCUCUCACUCUUAACUAAUCAUGAUAGAAACUUAUACUUCAUCUUCUCUAAGCAGAGCUGAGAUGAGGGUGGAACAUUUAAAUGAGAUUUUUAAUAGAAGCUCAGGAAUAACAAAAGGGAAAUAUACACAUAGCUAGGUGACCUGGUUUAUAAGAUAUGCCUUCUGUUUGAGGUCCAUAGUAAGAGUGCUUGCUUUUCUGGCUCCCAGCCUUACAAAUGGUAGAGGCCUGUCCUUUUAUUAGGAAGAGAGAGAGAGAGCAAAGGAGAGCCUUUUGCUUUUGUCAUUUACUCCCAGAAAUGAACAGAUAUAUAAUAGAAAAUACUGUCAGUGAUGUUUACAGCUCUGUUAGAGCUCUCUCUCUCUCUCUUUAGUGAAACAAAAAUAGUGGCGUUUUGACAAAAAAUGAAAGGAUGGUAAAAAUCAGCGAACUGUUUCAAAUAUAAAAUGAUUGUUAGUGUAUUUUUCAGCCUCUAAGAAAAUGUUUCCCUAGACCUAUCAUGAAGCAUUUUAUAAUUUGAUAUGCAUAAUUCUAGUCAAUAUGCGAUUCUGCAUUUUUUUUCUAUAAAGGGGCUUCUUGUUGGAAAUAUUUUUCUUGUACCUAUAGAAAAGCCUCCUUUGCGGAUUUUCCAGUUUAUAAUUAUUUAUCCACAAGAUACAUAGGGGGCUUUCUUGUGUGUACAUGUAGAAUACACCCCAGUGACAAGUUCCUACAAAGACCCAUCAUCAGCAGUAACCUUCAUUUUUUAACUGUGAAAACUUUCAUUAAUGUGAAUAAUAUUCUCAGAGGUUUUCUAAAAUGAGAAUCAUCUGAUAAAGCUGUCUACCUUAAAGUUUAAAAUUGUAAAGUUGUUAAUUAAAUAUGUAGAAUACACAAAACAUACUUUAGAAAAUAUAGACUGAAUUUGGUUUGGCAAGGGAAGGCAGACUUGAAAAUCAUCAAACACUUUGGGUGUAGGACACAAUUUGACCUGUGUAGUUGCUUCAGAACUCGUAAUCAGUUUCUUGAGAAUCAUUGUUAAGGCUGAUACAUAGAAGUACAUUUCUAGUUUUACGGAUUCUAAUUUAAUGGUUAAAUUACUAUGCGUUACGCAGGCUACAAAACUGGUCUUAUUUAUUUUAUAUACUUUUCUCAUUCAGAAUACUUUUUUCAUUGUGUUUGUGUUAAAAUAUAGUAUGUUUGCAUCUAUUUCAGUGCCUUAUUUUAAAAGCAAUCUUUUGCUAAUGGUUAAAGAACUGUUGUCUUUAGAAUGAAAUAAUUCAUUAAAAGGAUCUGUGAAAUAAUCUACAUUUGUCUCAUAAAAUAGUUACAUCUGGAUGCAUUUGUUAUUUUUAUCUGGCAAAGACCUUCAGUUUGAGAAUGAACGUUUAUUAGGUGCCUUCUGUUUGUCAGGUACUUUAAUCAGUGUUACUUUCAUUCAAUACUCAAAAGUGUUAAGAUAUGGUAGUUUUAAUACUCAGAGGUAGAUGUUUUAAAAACCAUUUGUGUCCUGAGUUGAACUAGCAUGAAAACUCCUUGGUAGAGUUUACUUCUUUGUUCUUUCUCUAAGUACAAACCAUUUAAUUAAAAAAUUGCUCAUCACACUAAAUCUUCAAAUAGAAGUGGCUAAUUGAGUAGACUAA